UUUAACUUAGAGCAGACGUAUACAGCAUGGCCGGAAAAAUAAGUAGGCCAUUGUAAGGAAGGCAACAAUUUUUGCAAAAGAGCACAAAGUGAAUGUAAUAAAUAUAAAGUGAAGCAGCCUAAGAGGCGUGCUAACAAAGGUUUGCAUCAGUUGAAAUCCUGGAUGAUCCUGGAUGUCGGAGUCAGAGCUGAGUGUUCGCUGUGACGGGGAUGGCAUGGAGUCCCUGCCACCAGACAUUCCAGUCCCUGUGAGGAGGCGCGAGCCAAAAUUUGUGCCUUACGAGCCGUACAAGGCCGCGGUAACUCCCAUGGUGCCUCCCAGAACCCAGCUGGCUGCGCUGGAGAUCCCGUUUCCCUUGCACCAUCCACUGGGAGGGGAGCCACCCCUGCUGGCAGUGGUACGCGAGGUGCCAGAGGGCACGCCACCGGCGCCUUCUGAGGCUCCCCUUGAGCAGCGGCUGCGUGAAGCACACCAGUGCAAUCAGGACCUGCAGGAGCAACUGCGUGUCCAGGUCGAGGUGAACCGUGAGCUGAAGAAGCUUCUUGUGGCUUCUGUGGGGGAAGAUCUAGAAGCACGCGUGCACUUUCUCAGCGAGGACAAGGCGCAGCUGGCUGCAGAUGUGCGAGCUUAUGCACAACGAUUGAGCCAGGGCCGGGAGGAGAUUGACCGGCUGGCCAUCCAUGCGGACGUUUGGCGCUCAAAGUUCCUGGCUGCAAGCCUGCUGGUGGAUGAGCUGGCUAGCUGCAAGGCCCGGCUCAUGCGCCAGUGUGAUGACUUCCAGGAGGCAUUGCAAUGGAUGGUCAGCGAGCACCAGCAUCUGGAGGCGAACCUGACGGCCACUUGUCGUCCCUGAAGUGCUCAUUCACCUCGAGCGCCCACUCUGCCCUGGAAUCCAGUAUCACCUCUAAUAGUGAAUGCGUGGCCAGUGGCCUGCGAGACAGCACCAUUACUUGUUGCCGUCACUGCUCAGGCCAUCUGGAGACCGUCUGACACCUGAGCAGCAAGUGUGUUGACUAACCACAAGCAAGAUCUGCACAGAAUUGCCUCUGGAGUGCUUGCAACAUUGUGUGUGUCAGGCUCUCUUUCUGAUUGCCACAUGUGCACAGUAGUGUCACCAGUGAAGGAAUGAUUGAGGCACGAAUAGUUGUCACAUGUUGCCUUGAAAGAUGCAAAUCUCUUUGUAUUGACCUGUUUUCUAUGCACUCAGUACAAAUGUUGAAAACGCUGUGCCAACUGUGAUGCUGCCAGUAAUUGCGUAAUGUUUUAGACUUUUAAACUCAAAUUUCAUGAAUAAACAGUUCUGUAAUGUAGAAUGUAAAGGGCUGUACAGUGUUAUAAGAAGCUUGGCCAGUCUUCCCCUUUUGGCGAGCAGCUGAGCCAGAGGAACUUGAUGCAGUUGGACCGUGCAGCCAAGCCACUCACCUUGAGCAAAACACUCGCAUUUUGAUUAUUCUUAAAUGUCGCCUCUGUUCUAUACAGAACUUGGCAUUGCUACAGGAAAGUAGGUUUGAAAGCCUGGCUGUUCCUAGUGGUAUCAAGUACAGUAAAACCUUGUUAAUUCGAGCCUCAUUAAUUUGGGAAAUCUGAUAAUACAGAUGCGUCCUCUGAUCCUGGCAGGCGUAUGCAUUAUUUAAUGGAACCAAACUCUCAUUAACUUAGAUGUAUUUAGUCGCAAAUUGGUUAGCGUCCUAAAAGGACUUCUUCUUGGGCUAGUUGGUGCUUAGAUUUCCUAGGUAUACUUUGUGGCGCAAAAUACAUUUCUUGAAAUUGGCGCUUCACUGUCUCCCUUUUUUCUGUCCCUUUUCAAGAAAUGUAUUUUGCGCCACAAGGUAUACCUAGGUUAGCGUCCUGUAUAUGCUGCACCAAAAAUUUGACAUAUUUAAUUGUAAAGUCAGUGAGCACAUGCUGGAGGGUGAGUUGGUUAUGCAUGAUUACAAUGAAGGUGCCAUAUAAAACAAUGGACGAAGGAAUGCGACACGGGCCAACCACGUAGGCACACUAACAACUGAGUGUUGAAAGUCAGGUUGUGGGUUAUGUGGGAAUUUCGCCUUGAGGUGUGGCUUCACGGCAGCAUGGUUCACGCUGCCGUGAAGCCAACUUCAAGGCAUGAUUUACUCUCUUCAAAGUUUUAUUUCCUAGGGAACGCCCCCCCCCCCCCCCCCCUUUGUUGAAGCUUGAAGCUCUGUUGACUUUACUUUUAUGGUUGCCCACUGUCCUCCUCUUUAGAGGUUAUAAUUUUGUGUUUGGUAUUCUGCAAUGUGCACACAGUGAUAUGAGCUGGAACUAAUAUUAUGAUGAGCUGCAAUCAACGGCCAUCCUUUACAGCGUAGCAGAAGCUGAAGAUUACCAGCAUCACCAAAGGGGGGGGGAGGGUAGCAAGGCCCUUGGCCGAAGUUACAACAUGGGCAGAUCGUGAAUCCACGAAUGGAGAUUGUUUUUUCAAAGAUGUGAGCACUAUUAUCUGCAUUUAUUACCACAGGUUAUACGUGUACAUUUUCUUUUUUAUUUUAGAGCUGGUGUAAUUGGGGAUGCAGGUUAUACGUGGAAAGAUACAGUAAUUCAGACAACCCUUGGAGCGUGAUGAGGGCAGAGUACUGGAAAUGGUCGACGCAAAAGAGCGAACGUGGUGCUAGCGUCCCACCGAAAAGAAGUGGCGGAGUCCACUUUCCGACAGUCAUCAGCAGAAACCGUACACGAGCAACAAACGCCAGAACAACUCGUGCCUAUUUCUGCCUUUAUAGCCGUUAUUGUGUUUACUGCCAUGGAGGAAAUAAAAAAAUCACCGCCCAAGCACUCCGUACAGAUGGAUAAUAGCGAAGCUGAAACGUGCGGCCCCAGUGUUUAUCAUUGGGUUAAUCCCGGCAGUUAAUUAAAUGACAGCUUGGUAGGCUGCUGGAUCCUCGGUACACGUAGUAACGUCUGCUGUCGGGCUAGUUGGUACAUGGCUUUUAGAAAUGGUUUUAGCCACAGAGAAUAAGACAACAAAAUAAGACAUGGACAGGCACAUACUUGCAACUUAUUUUUAUUUUUCCUGAUGCUUCACUUAUAUACCCUCAGGCAUGCAAACAGGAACAUACACAGGUGAGUUCACAUGAGAUAGAAACCAAACCUAUAGACGGAUACAACUUUAGAAAAAAGGGGGCGUUUACUCCUCCGAGGCGGAGGCACAUGAGCAUCCACCAAUGGGCGCGCACUCUGGACUAACGUCAUGAGCCGGACGGCCGGUGACCCCGCCGACGGAGAAGAUGACUGCUCGCGCUUCGAACUGGGUGAGGUCACAUCAGCUGUGUGCUUCAGCCCCUCGUCAGAGUGAAUUCGAGAACUGUUUGUGGUGGUCUAUCAUGCCGGAAAUAUUACUGCGCUUACAAUUCGGCAUUUGUGCUGCGUGCAUUUACUCUGAGCCGUGAUCCGGCGAAGGGACGUUGCAGCGAGCAUCGCUGGCACUGCGCUACGUUUUGCUUGAAAACAGGAUCCCGCGGCGAUCGCUACGAACACACAUCCUGCGUGUUUUUUCCAUGUUUUAUUUCGCUCCCGAGUGAAGUUACAACGAGAAAAGUUUUCCAAAGACUGGUGCCUACUGUUAGCGGCGGGUGUGUUCGUGUACUGUGUCACUGCAUUUUUUGUCCAACGGGAUGAAGUGAUGGAGCAAAACCAUUCUCAGGAGAGAUCAGAAAAGUGUGCGCGCAUGAAACAAACCUCUGAGUGUCUCAACAGAAAAUAUUUGCAGAAGAAGCCUUCAACGCAAAGAUUUGUCGCCGUCAGCUUAGCGUGAAUGAUCAUUGUCAGCAGUGAAAUAGCCAAACAUCUAGCGACGGUGUUCGAAUGUUAUGUAGCACAGUUGAUUGAUUGCUGUCCACCAGUGCUCACUGCACACGCAAGCUGUAGAAUGCGUGCUGUGAUACACUCAAGCAUAAGGUGUGUUGCCAGCGCUCGAUAAGCUUUUCCACAACACAGCUCCACGCUGCUUUUUGAUUCUCCUGAUAUGCUGCAAUUAAAAAUUCCCAAGACAGUGUUAAGAGAAUGGUAAAAAGAAAAAAACAUACGAGAAGGUAGACACAACAGUUUGUGAACCUGCUCCUAAUACCUGCACCCGCGUCUGUUUGUAAAUGCGCGUGUGUGUUUUAUUGCGUUUGUCUAAUUUUUUUAUUUUCCACAUUUGUUGAUAUUUGAGAUUUUCGUAGUUUACUCGUUUUGUGUUAACAUGUGCCUGCUUCCAUGCAUGUUUGCACUUACUCCUAUUUCUCUCAUUUUAUUUUAUAUUAGCAUUUGCUUUUGCUAGUUUUCUUUCAGCAAAGUCUUUUUAACUUUUUCAUUAACCCAUCUCAUUCAAAGCACUAACUCCUGUAAACUGCAGGGCUGGCCUCUUCCAUUUCAUUAAAGCCUUUCUCACUGGUCUACCUCAUCUUCUCAAUCUGCCUCCUCGCUGUGCUUUCUGUCCUUGCUUUUUGUGUUGUUGCCGCUAUGUGAUUAACCAACUUACUCAAAACAGGUUUUGAUCACUUAUGAAGACAGAAAGGUUUACAGAUACAUUUUCUUAAAAGCGUCAUGUGGGUUGCAGGGUAACUUUGCCUCUUACCUCUGUUCAUAUUUAUGCAUCAGUGCAUGCGGCAGCUUGCCAGAAGUGCACAUGAAAGGGUGCCAUAUUGCGAAACAGCACCUUGCUAUGUUGUUGCAUUUUUCACGCUUUCAGUCUUGGUAAACAGACAGUUUCUUUGCCCAUCACAUAUGUUGGUAAAAAUUUUCAACACAAAUAACAUUGUGCAGUGGCAUGUCAUUUCAUGUCUGACGCUUUCAUCGUUACAAAGACAUUUUUCAGUGAAUGGAGCCCAGCAAAGCAGUGCACUGAGAGCUUUUGCAACUUUCACCAUUUAUUACUUCACCAAUGUCAUUGUCUGAACACAAGUCGUCGCUAUGCCGACGGCUCGUGAAUUAAAAAAUUGCCUCAAUAAAACACAUUCAACUUUA